GCCACUUCAGAUGAUGGGGGAGGGUAUGAGAGGGUAAUGCCAAUUUGAACGCCUUACGUAUAAUUGACGAGGAAGAAACAGCACUCUUUAGCAGGUAUUCCAUGUCCAUUUUUAUAAGCAAGGGGAGGGGAUGGUGGAGGAUGGAUUUCAGAAAGGCUUGCAAUGAAGAGGCUCAGGAUUGGUGGAUGCCGUUGUUUGGCAUGGCCCCCUGCCAAGCACUUAUGUCUUUAUAUACUGUAAACAGAUGACCGACCAGUCCCGAGUGUGUCUCUGUGUUCACCCUCUCCUUCUGGCUCUAUCCAUCUUCUCUUUCUUCUCUUCUUCAUCCUUUCUGUAGACCUUUUCUGCAUCUGUACACCCUCAAGACUCUCUCUCAACAAGACCGGGCAAAAACUGCAAACACAUCCUCCUCCAUAAAAACUCUUUUUCAAGAAACCGCCUGUCAAGCCUUCAGCUGUUUGCAGUGUCGGCGUGGGAGAAAGAAACCAUGUCUCAGCAGAUGUUACUCUUGACGGUGGUGUCCAUGUGGCUUUUUGCCGGGUACUUUCUGGCAGAGGCAACAUAUUACAACCACCAUAUGUACAACCGCUACCGUGCGUUCAAUCACCAUGCCAACAUGGACAAUCAGCUUCCUCCAGAGGUACCUGUGGUGACGGAAGCAGUGGCCCCUCAUCCAGUCAACUUCAGUCGCACCUUUUAUGGGAUCAUGUUUGAUGCAGGCAGCACCGGCACCCGUAUCCAUAUUUACAAGUUCAUUCAAAAAGACCCAGUUGAGCUUCCAGUGCUUGACAAUGAGAUGUACCAUGCCGUGAAGCCUGGACUGUCAGCGUAUGCGGAUAUGCCCGAAGUGGGUGGAGAAACCAUUAGGCAGCUGUUGAAGGUCGCAAAGAAGACCAUUCCCAAAGAGCAAUGGAUACAGACACCUGUGGUUCUGAAAGCCACUGCUGGCUUGCGCUUGCUGCCUCAAGAAAAGGCCAAAGCUCUUUUGGAUGAGGUCAAAGAAAUUUUUGAUGAUUCUCCUUUCUUUGUACCAAACAACAGUGUCACCAUCAUGAAUGGCACCAAUGAGGGGAUCUUGGCAUGGGUUACAGUAAACUUCCUCACAGGUCAUCUGUACGCUAAAACAAGGAAAACGGUCGGGAUCCUGGAUUUGGGUGGGGGUUCAACUCAGAUUACUUUCCUUCCUCGGUUAAAGAAAACUGUUCUGACUGCUCCUCCAGACUACAUUGCCAAAAUCAACAUGUUCAACAGCACUUUUGAGCUGUAUACUCACAGUUAUCUCGGAAAUGGACUUAUUGCUGCACGACUGGCAACUCUUGGCGCUCUUGGUGCUGAUGGUCUUGACUGGAAAGUUUUCACAAGUUCUUGUUUACCCAAAAAAUUCAGAGAAGACUGGAGCUUUGGCGGACUCACCUACAAAGUCAGUGGAAUUCCAGAUGGUUUUGCAGGGUAUAAGUUGUGCUACCAGGAGGUAAUGCGGGUGGUGAAAGGGAUUGUGCACCAGCCCUUUGAAGUCAAGGGAAGCAGCAUCUUCUUCGCCUUCUCCUAUUACUAUGACAGAGCUGUUGAGUCUGGUCUCAUUGACGGGUCCCGUGGCGGUACUGUGGAAGUCAGGGAUUUUAAAAAGCGAGCCAAAGAAGUGUGCAACAAGAUGACUAAAUAUCGUCCGAUCAGCCCCUUUUUAUGCAUGGACAUGACCUAUAUCACAUGCCUAUUGAAAGAGGGGUUUGGCUUCAAGGACAGCACUGUUCUGCAGCUUACUAAAAAGGUGAAUAAUGUGGAGACAAGCUGGGCACUCGGCGCCAUCUUCGAUCAUUUCCACAAGCUCAACAUUCAUUAAAGCCUGCAGUCUUGCAGUCGACACCAGCAUGAGGGGUAGCACAGGGGUCAAGCAGGUGCAACACUCACCUGCUGAAGCAGCCCCUCUUUGUCCUCCACCAUAACUCUUCAAUUGAGUUUCAGACCUGCCCUGCACUGCAGCCCUAUAUCACAACGCUCCCCCCUCUCAUCAGUUAAAACCUUACAGAACUGUUCACAAAGAAAUCACUAUAUUUUUGUAAAGAUGGCCAGGCCAGCCUGCUAUUUCUACUGUAUGUUUACAUGUUUUUCAGUUGCCGUCUCACCUGAGACACUGUCUGUCUGUCUGUCUGUCUAACUUGGCAAUUUUCAAAGUUCCAGUGUUUAGUGCACCCAUUUAAAGCUCCUGAUUCAUGCUGUUGUGCAGGAUAUUGUGCAGUGGGAUACAUGUAAAAACAAUGUGUUUAUUAAUGUAGUUUCUGGCGCUUCCUCGGAAUUAACUUAGUGCUUGCAAAGUAGUGUAGUGUUGUUUUAGGUUAUGGUAAAUUGUACUGAAAUUCCUGUUUAGUGCCCUUAUCUAGCACGUAACACUUUACAGAGUAGAUGGUUCAGCUACAGCCAUCUGCAUAUGUUUGGGAUUAGCAAUUUACCCUGGGGUUGAUUGGGCAGGUAGAGAUAAGGACAAAUCAUACAUGUACAGUCACUUUACUCGAGCACAUGAGUGCUGUUUUACGUAUUAAUUAGUUAUGCAUGUAUUUAUGCUUAUCUGUUUGUAUGUUAAGAAGCAGAGUUGAAGAGCUGAGUUGGAACAUUUUAGAAGCAUAUCACUCUUGAUGAAAUUCUAUAGGGGCUUUUUUUUUUUUUUUUUUACCCAAGUUCUAACCAGAUAUGUAUUUUAACACUGAAUGGCAUGCAGUUGAAUACACUUGCAUUGCAGCCAUUAUCAAACUAAAAAAAGGUAUGCAAAUGCUAAUUUAUAAAUGGCUCAAUACUUGGAUAAAAUAUUACUCAAAUGACUACUGGUUAUUAAAGUAGACAUUACGUUACUGUAUUAAAAACUGAGUUAUUUUUAUGCCAACAUGCAGAGUUUAGAGUACCUUGAACCUCAUGUAUGUCUUUAAACUUGGGUUAGUUAUUGUGAAUGGCUUGAAGUCAUUUUAGUCGGUCAUCAUGUAGAACAGCAUUGAAAUGUUACUGCUUUGUGUAUGCAGAGAUGCUCAGGUGUAACUGGGCAGAACAAGGUGUAACUGGGCAGAACCUUUGGCAGUAUCAUGUUAAGUGUGUUUUGUGACUAUUGUACAAAUAUUUAUUACAUGAAUACUUGCUAAAUAUGCAGUGUGCAGUUGUUGCAUCUCGUUAAUUCAAGUAUACCUUUUCAUGUAUUUUACUAUGUCUGUAUAUACACCUCAGUAAUGUACUUGUUUUUUUUUCAAGUUGUCAUAGUUCAAUCUAUGACAUGAAAUCAUUUACUGCUUUGCCAUUUUUAGAGGUAUUCUCGACAGCAAAUGCUAUAAAUAUGCUUUCCAAUUCAAUGUUGUGUAUGAAGUGACAACCUAUUGUACAUGAAUAAAAAAUAUAUGAGAACAA